AUGAUCAAGAACCCAUGUUUCUACUCCUCACGUGUCUUUUUCUCCAAGAAAGACGAGAUGUUUCACAUCCUCGGAUAUGGAGGCCACCUCAUCGGGUCAUGGGAUCCCUGCAAACCCAGCGAGGACCCCAAGUUGAAGACCUUACAUUUCCAAAAGCUUCCUAAGCUGCCCAAGGCCACACGCGAGCUUAUGGAUUCGUGUUGCAAGAGCGAGCACUUGGUGGAGUCACCUACUGGUGAGACCUUGUUGGUUAAGAUGUAUAGGAAGACAGCAGAGAUCAACAAGGAUGGUAUUGCAAAAAUUAAGACAAGAGCUUUAAUGGUGUUCAAGAUAGAUGAAGAAGGAAACGCUGUCUACACUCAAGACAUUGGAGAUCUCGUCAUUUUCCUCUCCGAUUCUGAACCAUUCUGUGCCCCUUCUGCUUCCUUUCCUGGCUUGCACUCAAACCACGUUGAGUUCUUGGAAGCUUUCAACGAAGUCGCAUAUAUCGAUCUGUCUGGUCACGCCUUCAUUAGCUAUAUUGAUUCUCACUUCCCUGCUUACUAUAUUCCACCUCAAAAACUUGAGAAGUUGUUUAGGAAUUUUUUUUUUUUUUUUGAAUGA